CCUCCCUCUUGCUUGCUCACAUCCCUCUGAAUAAUCCACAUCUAGGGCAAGCUGACUGAGAGGCGAUCCAGUGCUCAGCUCCUCUCUGCAGGCUGAGAAAAAGAGACAGAGAGCGAAAGGCAACGAUUUUCAACGCAGGAGGAAAAACGUGACGUUUUUGACGGAACAGGAAGAUAACAAGAAUCAAAAGAGGAAGAUUUUCAUCCGCGGAUAUCAUUUAUUUAUACAUCUUGUUUAUAUAUCUCUCUAUAUAUUUGUACACACACAUAUAGAUAUUUAUAUAUAAACAUUUAUCCUUGUACAUAUCUGUAUUUGUGCUUGUCCGUUUAUAUUAAUAUUUUUAUAUGUAGUUGUGUGUGUAAAUAUAUAUGAUAUAUAAACAAAAGAAUCUCUCUAUAUAUAUCUAUGAAUUUAUAUGCGUAUCACUGUGAACCAAGAGAAGCAAGAAGACAUUUCUAUCAUCAGGGCUGGUCUCUGAUUGCGUGGUGGCAAACAAUAUCUUAAACAUUUCCUUUGAUCUUCUACGUCAGAGGACAAAGACUACGUGCUCAUUUUGUAUUUUUGUUUUCCUGUUGCUGCUUCCCAUUCCUCUGAAAUUCUUUUUUUUUCUUACAUUGAAGAGGAGUAAAGUGGAAAUUGGCAGGAUCGGACGAAGAAGGGAAAAUCUGAAGCAAUUCCUGUGAUUAGUGUUAUUUCCAUCGGCAUUAACGCUCUUUGAGCUGAUCGCAGAGUGCUGUGUGAAAUCCUAGGAGGACGCAGAGACAGAGUGCCACGCCGCUCUUCUCAACAUCAGCCUAGCCAGCACAGCCAGCAUGCACAAACACCACCACUGCUGCAAGUGCCCAGAAUGUUAUGAGGUGACCCGGAUGGCAGCUCUACGUAGGAUGGACGCCCCAGCGUACGGAGGUGAAUGGCAGGCAGAGCCCUAUGGAUACCCACCUGGGUAUGGAGGAGGCCAGACCUUACCCCCUCCAGCCUCAGGAGGGGGUGGAAGCAUGGGAGGAGGAGGGGGCACUUUGGGGAGAAGUAAGGGCAAGAUGUCUGGUGGGGGCCCUGGAUGCCCUAACCCAAAGGGCCAAUCCAAAGGGGGCCCCAAAGUAAAUGGCAACAACUCCACUGGACAAGCAGGAUGGUGGCCCGAGUGCACCUGUACCAACCGGGAGUGGUAUGAUCAGGCCAACCCUCCCCCCAUCAUUGUCAACGCAGACUCACUAGAUGCAAGCCCUUAUGUAAAUGGCAGUGAUGGCAUGUAUAAAUAUGAAGAGAUCAUCCUAGAGAGGGGGAACUCUGGCCUGGGCUUUAGCAUUGCUGGAGGAAUAGACAAUCCCCACAUUCCUGAUGAUCCAGGGAUUUUCAUCACCAAGAUAAUCCCUGGAGGAGCAGCUGCCAUGGAUGGACGGCUGGGGGUUAAUGACUGUGUGCUGCGUGUGAAUGACGUGGACGUUUCUGAGGUGGUUCACAGCCGAGCUGUAGAAGCCCUUAAGGAGGCGGGGCCCGUGGUGCGGCUGCUGGUGCGACGGAGGCAGGCCCCACCUGAAACAAUUCUGGAGGUCAACUUGCUGAAAGGGCCCAAAGGACUGGGCUUCAGUAUCGCUGGAGGAAUUGGGAACCAGCAUAUUCCUGGAGAUAAUAGCAUCUAUAUAACAAAGAUCAUAGAAGGAGGAGCUGCCCAGAAAGAUGGACGUCUGCAGACUGGAGACCGCCUGUUAGCUGUGAACAACAUCGUGCUGCAGGAUGUGCGUCAUGAGGAGGCGGUAGCUGCACUGAAGAACACCUCUGAUAUGGUUUAUCUCAAGGUGGCCAAGCCAGGACCCGUGCAUCUGAACGACAUGUACGCCCCUCCAGAUUACUCCAGCAGCCUGGCCCUCCCUCCAGCCUUCCCCACCAUGGUGGACAACCAUGUCAGCCACAAUUACGUGGGAGCAAUGGAGCCCAAGCCAGUGUACCCACCUCCUCAGGUCACCCCGUCCAGGUACUCACCUGUUCCCCGCCACAUGAUGGGGGAGGAAGACUUCACGAGCAGGGCUGAACCUAUUUACAGUGUCAUCCACAAACCUGGGGAUAGCAAGGCGCCCCAGGCCCUCUACAGAGGCUUCUCUCCUUUCCCCGCUCCCUUGUGCCAAGGUCCACUCCCCUUCUCUAGCAGGGAGCCGAGGAAGGUGGUGUUGCACAAGGGCUCCACCGGUCUGGGCUUCAACAUCGUCGGAGGGGAGGACGGAGAGGGGAUUUUUGUGUCCUUCAUCCUGGCUGGAGGGCCGGCAGAUCUGAGCGGCGAGCUGAGGAGGGGCGACCGGAUUCUCUCAGUGAACGGCGUGAACCUUAGGAAUGCCACACAUGAGCAGGCGGCUGCAGCGCUGAAAAGAGCUGGACAGACUGUCACCAUCAUUGCUCAGUACAGGCCUGAAGAGUACAGUCGCUUUGAGUCAAAGAUCCACGACCUGAGGGAGCAGAUGAUGAACAGCAGCAUGAGCUCAGGGUCGGGCUCCCUGCGCACUAGUGAGAAGCGCUCCCUCUAUGUCAGAGCUCUGUUUGAGUACGACCGAACAAGAGACAGCUGCCUGCCCAGCCAAGGAUUGAGUUUCACCUAUGGGAACAUCCUUCAUGUGAUUAAUGCUUCUGAUGACGAGUGGUGGCAGGCCAGGCUCGUCACACCUCAUGGAGAGAGUGAGCAGAUUGGGGUCAUUCCCAGCAAGAAAAGAGUGGAAAAGAAGGAGCGUGCCAGAUUAAAAACGGUGAAGUUCCACGGCAGGACAGGCAUGAUUGAGUCUAAUAGGACAGUCAGAGUAAAGCGCAAAAAAAGCUUCAACCUCUCACGCAAGUUCCCGUUUUACAAGAGCAAGGAGAAUAUUGUGCAGGAGUUGGUGGAGUCUGAACAAUGCCUGACGUCCAACACAAGUGACAGUGAAAGUAGUUCAAAGGGCCAGGAGGAUACAAUCCUUUCCUAUGAGCCAGUCAUUAGACAGGAAAUCCACUACACACGGCCUGUGAUCAUUUUGGGCCCAAUGAAGGACAGAGUAAAUGAUGACCUCAUCUCCGAGUUUCCCCACAAGUUUGGCUCCUGUGUACCCCAUACAACCCGUCCAAGGCGAGAGAACGAGAUCGAUGGCCAGGACUACCACUUCGUGGGCUCAAGGGAGCAAAUGGAGAAAGACAUUCAGGACAAUAAAUUUAUUGAAGCUGGCCAGUUUAAUGAGAACCUGUACGGGACAAGCAUUUUGUCUGUCAGAACUGUGGCUGAGCGGCAAAGGAAGCACUGCAUUCUGGAUGUGUCUGGCAACGCCAUCAAGCGGCUGCAGCAAGCACAACUUUAUCCGAUUGCUAUCUUCAUUAAACCAAAAUCCAUUGAAGCCCUAAUGGAGAUGAAUAAGAGGCAGACAUACGAACAAGCCACUAAAGUAUUCGACAAGGCGGUUAAGCUGGAGCAAGACUUUGGGGAGUAUUUCACAGCUAUUGUACAGUGUGACUCGCUAGAGGAGAUCUACAACAAAAUCAAGGAAAUCAUUGAGGAGCAGUCUGGGCCCUACAUCUGGAUUCCCUCCUCAGAGAAGCUCUGAGCUCCCUGCCGUCCCCUCUGUGUCGAAGCAGAGCUUCCCUCUGGCCUCCCAGACACCCCACCAACACCCACAUGGCCCCCGCUCCUCACCCUCUUUUUACAGAUAUGUUUCAUAUCAAGUUUUAGUGUCAUCAUUAUGUUACUCUCUAAAUGAAAAAAGAAGUCUUAUCGCCAUUACUGUGACUGUGCACCCCCCUGCAUGAUUUCUCAACAAAAUCCAUUCAAGACUGGAAUUGCCAUUCCAAAGAAAUUAGUCAAACAAAAACAAAAGGAAAACCAAAUAAGUCCUUUUGUGAACUGAGACUGCCUAAAGAUCAGACGGUGGCGCAGAAGUCAGGAGAGAGGAGUUGUGGUUGCAAAAUGAAGUUGCAGGGGAACAGAGACCAAUCAUACCAAGUUGGAACACUUUGUAAAUGUUCAUCAAAAUCACAUUUAAAGACACCAGAUGAGAGGUGGAAGAUCAACUACCGUUUUGUUUUUAGUUAGUGGGCUUAUUUUUCUUUUUUGUUUGUCUAUUUUUUGAUGACUGGAUAAAAUGGAGCCCUGCUGAUGGUACUGUUCCUGUUCGUGGAGUCAUCACUCUUGUUUAUACUGACUGAGGAAAUAAGUGGAAGAGCCUAACCAACUGGUGAUGCGUUUAUCUCAGACCAGCUUGCUGUUUGGUUGUCUGCGCUGAUAAAGACAUCACAAGAGGCAGAUCCAGAGGAAGAAACGUGUUGUGAAUCUCUACAUUUAUAUUAUAAAAUCACAAGUUAAAUCAUUCUGAGAUUUUACAACAUUAAGAAUACUCUACAUUUUACACUUAACUAGAAUUGUCAAUUUGGAGGGCUGUUAAUUUUUUCUUGUAUUUUUUUAUUUAAUAUUUGUGGUUUUUAGCUGCUCUGUAAAGGAUGGGGGUAGAGAAGUGUAACUGGGAUCUCUGCAAAACACCAAACUGCCUUACAUCUAAUACAAAUUCUGUUUUGUGACUACCUGUUGUCUGUGAGGAAGGGAGGCUGCAACAUUUGAUGAGGAAGAGAUCAUUUUGUGUCCUUUAGCUGUCAGCAGCUCUGACAUUAAGUGCAAUAGAUUUUAAAAUCCAGCCCAGGUGGGCUCUUUUGGUUUCUUCUUUUUAAACAUUCUACCUGUGUGAUUAAAUAAUUAGGCUUUUUACAAUUUGGACAGCCAGAGCCUCCUAAUUCCUGUAGAGCAGCAGACGACCCUCUUACACUCUCUGCCUUCCUAGAGGAUUUUCUCCUGAUUCGUCACAUGGUACUGUCCUAUCUGCCACCACUGUGGUGGACUUAAAACGGGUAGAACAAGACAACAGUUGUAUUGGAUGUUUUAACGAUUAAAGAGUCGGUAUUACCUGUUUGAAAUUGUCCCCCUGCCAAAAACACUAAAGUUGGAUUUGAGUAAACCUUCA